AUGGAUGAGAAUCCGGAGUUGGAUGAGAAUGCAUGGGGAUAUCAGGUCGAACCAGGCAUGAAAACGUAUGCAUGGACAAAGCUUUUACUUGAUAAAUCUGCGCUGAUGUCUGAAUAUGACGAUCCUGAUCUUUAUCUAUCGAGCGGUAUGGAGAUUAUGCAGCUGCCUAAGGGUCGAUCAGCCAAAGACGUUGCUACAGAGUACCUGAAAGGCAUGAAGGCCAUGUUUGAUAAUGCCGUCAAAGAACAUCUUGGCGCCCACAAGAUUGAAAAUCUACCAAUUGAGUUUUGGCUUACCGUUCCAGCGUCGUGGAGUGAAAAGGCGAAGCUGCUUACGAAGUCCGCAGCAACAGAUGCAGGGUUCGCUACACGGGCCAUUGACAAGAUCAUGCUCAUCUCUGAACCAGAGGCAGCGGCGCAGCUUGCGUUGAAAUCUAGCCUUCAUCGGCUGGAAGACUUUGUUAAACCCAACACUGGCGUGAUGGUCUGUGACUGUGGGGGAGGCACUGUUGAUAUCACUACGUACCAGGUCGAGGAAACUCACCCGACCUUGAAACUCAGAGAAAUCACAAUUGGUGUCGCUGGCAAAUGUGGCGGAACUUUUGUGGACAGAAAUUUAUUCAAACUAAUGGCACAACGUUUUGGUAAUGCCUUUACCUCACUUGGGCCUGAGCAAAUCGGACCCGGUAGUGCCUUUAUGGACCAGUUUGAGCUCAAAAAGAAAGAUUUCAGCAUGAAGACUCCCAGUCGAAGGGCUCAUCGCCUUGUGCUGCACAUGCCGAAGCUUAAAGUCACCUCGGCAAUAGAGAAGUACUACGAGAGGCGGUCUUCAUCUGUCCUUCUCACUCAAGAUGAUUACAAGAUACUCUUCGAUCCAGUCAUUGAUAUGAUUAUUGGCCUUGUGGAAGAGCAGGUCAGGCAAACCAAAUCAAGAAGCGAACAGCCCAUCGAAACAAUUGUUCUAGUGGGUGGCUUUGGCUCUUCUCCUUAUCUAAAAGAGCGAUUGACAGAGUGGUGCCAAAGUGGAAAUAUAAGGCUUACAACACCAAUCACAGGCGCAUGGUCCGCAGUAGUUUGCGGGGCGGUCUUGCGCGGCCUCGAAGGCUCUAUUGUGAGGCAAAAGAAAUGCCGAAGACAUUACGGUCAUAACUUGGUUGGCCCUGACACUGAAAUCAACUCGGAGUUUUUCUUGCAAUGCACUGGUCAUUUACCGCCUAGUGACACUCAUACCCUUUACUCUUGCAACUUGGAUAAUUCUCCUGAGACUAUAGAAAAUGAAAGAGUCGAAGAGGUUGGCAGCGUUAGAUAUACGUUGGAUAGGAUUGAUCGGAGUAGCAUCCCACAAGUCACAAAGUACGGGGUCACAUAUUAUAAGCUUCCGUUAACGCUGAACAUUCGGUUAGAUGACGAAGCCGGCCACCUGACCUUUAGGAUCUUAUAUCAAAAACAAGAGGUGGGGAAGGCAGAGAUCAAUAUUAGCGAUGAUUGA